GUAUGUUUACAACAUAAAAAUAUAAAACAUUAAAACACUAAGUUCAAAUUAUGGUGAUUAGCAGUAUUCGAAUAUCGUUUAGCAGUACCAAGAAUACAUUAGUCCUGUAACCUCUAAAAAAGCUGUCUGCUACUGUCACUUAACUAUUGAUGAAGUUACGACAUUUUUCUCCACCAUUACACAAUUCCUCCCCUUUAGCCGCUUCUUCGUGUAUGAGUUAAGAGGUAUAUAAUCGUUAAGCAAGUUUUUAUUAUAGUGGACAAUGGCGCAUAGCAUCAGAUUUAGGAAAAAAUUAAUGCCGAGGAGCUUUGCAGACUUCUGUGCUGUUGUAUUUAUGUGCUUUGCAAUUCCGGCCAUUUACGUAUUUGAGGUUUUCAUUGUUGCUCCAACAAUAUAUAAUGCGACUCUAAGUGUUCUCCAUGGCAUUGCUGGAACUUUUAUUGUUGCCAACAUUAUUGGUAAUUUCAUCGCAAUUAUGCUUGUGGAUACUUCAACACAAGGAUUAUUACUGCCGUCACAAGUUCCAUCUGGUUGGCACGUGUGUGCAGCAUGUGAAAGCACAGCACCAGCUCGGUCACGUCAUUGCAAUACUUGUAAUGUGUGUGUCUUGAAGAAGGAGCACCAUUGUGUCUUCACGGGCUGUUGUGUGGGCCUCAAAAACCAUAGAUACUUUUACAUUUUCUUAUUCUACAUGUGGGGAUCAACUUUAUAUUGUUCAUUCCUAAAUGCCUUCUUCAUUUGGCCGCAUGUUGGAGGCUUCAGCAUGUGGGCAGUAGUGCGUCUGCUCCUGCCUGGAGUAUGGAUCUUAUGGGAACCUUCUUUGGACACCCUUUAUGCCUUCUUGUUCUCGAUAAAUGUUAUUGGCUUCUUAUUCAUGACUGUUCUGAUCUUCUACUAUACGGGACUCCUUGUUACCAACACAACAACUUAUGAGAAUAAUAACCGGAAGGGACAGAAAUAUGAUCAUGGGACAGAACAUAACAUAAAGGUUACACUUGGGGAACGUUGGUAUCUCACAUGGAUCUUCCCAACCAUAUCAUCCCCACUGACGUAUGAUGGUCUGGAUUGGUCCAACCAGAUCUCAAGCAGGAGUGUUAGACCUAAGACUAGGUAAACAACCUUUUAUUACUCUCAGUCCCACACUAGACUAUUGUCUACUAUGGAUGUCUUUAAGUACAAAAAAAUAUUAUGUAUGAUUCACCUAUAUGGAAAAAAUAACUAUGAUGUAAUUGUCUUUCACAAACAAACCCAAAAAUGUAGCAUAAAUUGUGUAAGCACAGAAAAGGCAAAAUACUGCAAUUUGACCUGGUAAAACAUAAGGGUAUAUUCUUCCACUGCUGUGGAAUUUGAAAUCUUGUGAUACCCUGAAGAA